AUGGAGACCUUUUUAGCUGCUUUCGGUCGCAAACCUGAGGUCCCAGCAGCCGCGAAGUCUAAAUCACGCGUCCAAAUACCUUGGGUGGAAAAACAUCGACCAAGGACACUAGAUGAAGUUGCUUACCAAACUGAAGUAACUUCUGUCCUUAAAAAGUGUUUGCAGGAUAACGACUUACCCAAUCUCCUGUUUUAUGGACCUCCUGGAACAGGUAAAACCUCACUCAUUUUGGCCUUCGCUCGACAGUUAUUCGG